AUGUUCGCAACCCCCGCGCGUAAUCGCACUUCACAAUCUCGUGCUCCCUCAAGUGUACCACGCUCCGCUUCAAACGCCCAAAGAGGUACGCCCUCAAGCGGUGCGAAACCAAGAACCAAAACAACCCCUCGAACAAUUCAAAUCCGCGACCUACCACCCUACGAAGCCCCCGAGGCACCCCUCAACCGCGAUGCUCAGUGCAAACUAGCCGCACUCCUUCACUCCCAACACAAGAACAGCGUUCAAACACAUCUCGGGCAUGCGACUCAGGUACUCACCGAGUCAGCCGGUCAGGUGAAUGAAAAGCUUUUUGAUGCGCGACUCCGCUACGAGAAGCUCAGAGAAGGGCGACGAAAUGCAAGUGCCAUUAGUGGAGAGGAGCCAGAUGACUCUGUAGACAAUGAGGAGCUUGAGAGGCUUGGUGACCUUGAGCGGAGAACUGAUGCUGUGACCGGACAGAUGGAAGAGAAGAUGCGGGGGAUUAUUGAUUCUGAGGCGAGGCUGCAGGCGAUUCUGGGUUCAAUUUCUCAGCUUCAGAGGGAGGAGGAAGAGAAUCAGGCUGCUUCUGCUGGGCCUAGACAGACAAGGGCGCAAAGGCGGAGGGAUGAUGAUGAGGAGGAAUCUGAAGGUGAGAACUAUGAGGGGACGCCGGAGAGAGAGGGCAUGGAGGCUAGAGCGAGAAAUCCGCCGAGCAAGAGAUUGGGUGAGGUGUUGGAUGCCGAGGGUGAGAGGUGGAAGGAGCUGUCGCUUACUGAAAGAUAUGCCGGGCAUAAUUCUUACGUUGGAUUCUACCGCAUGGUUCACGAUGCUAAGUUUCCCAAUGAAGAGGCCCCGCCCCUACCCCAUUCAUCGACCUGGUUCGAACACAUGGAAGACUCCAACGCCACCACAUCCGCUGGUCAGCAGACUCGAUCGACGCGCAACCGUCGCCAACCCUCCGAUGACUCGGACGAUGACAUUGCCAUUCAGCGAGAGCGUAUCUCCAUGAAGUGCCCACUUACUUUACUUCCAUAUCAAGACCCCGUUACUAGUACAAAGUGCCCGCAUAGCUUCGAACGUGAGGCUAUUCUUGAUAUGAUCCGCGGCAGUAGUAUGACCGCACCCGGGCCCGGCAGGGGUCGCGUUCGUGCUCUAAAGUGUCCUGUUUGUUCAACGAUAUUGACUAAGGAAGAUCUUCGAGCUGAUCCAGUUUUACUUCGUCGGGUGCGACGAGCCGAGGAAGUGGCUGCCCGUGAGGCCGAAGAUCAAUUGGAGGGUCAGUCUCAGUUACCUAAUUCGCCGAACCAUAUUACUUUGGCUAGUGAUGCUAUUGAACCGGAGAUGGAUGUGGAUGUGGAUAUUGAUGAUGCGCCGGUGCCAAGUGCCCGAGUUAAGUCGGAGCCAGUGGACCGCGCGAGAAGUACAGAUGAGGAGGAGGAGGAGGAUGAAGAGGUAGACGAAGAAGAGGAAGAGGAAGAGGAAGAUGAGGAGUCAGAUGUGGAGAUGGGGUCAGACUAG